AUGGUAGGUCAACAAUAUUCUAGUGCCCCAUUAAGGACAGUCAAGGAGGUUCAGUUUGGUCUGUUCUCACCUGAAGAGAUCAGAGCUAUCAGUGUUGCAAAAAUUAGAUUACCUGAGACAAUGGAUGAAACACAAACAAGAGCUAAAAUUGGUGGUCUUAACGAUCCAAGAUUAGGUUCUAUUGACAGAAACUUGAAAUGUCAAACCUGUCAAGAAGGUAUGAACGAAUGUCCCGGCCAUUUCGGUCACAUAGAUCUAGCCAAGCCAGUAUUUCAUAUUGGUUUCAUUACUAAAAUCAAGAAAGUUUGUGAAAGUUUGUGUAUGCAUUGUGGUAAAUUAUUACUAGAUGAACAUAAUGAACAAAUGAGACAAGCAAUUCAAAUCAAGGAUCCAAAGAAAAGAUUCAAUGCUGUUUGGAGUCUUUGUAAAACAAAAAUGGUCUGUGAGACUGAUGUUCCUUCAGAAGACGACCCAACCAAAUUAAUUUCCAGAGGUGGUUGUGGUAACACUCAACCCACUAUUCGUAAGGAUGGUUUGAAACUUGUGGGUAGCUGGAAGAAGGACAAGAGUACUGGUGAUGCCGAUGAACCCGAACAAAGAGUUUUAAGUACAGAGGAAAUCCUCAACAUCUUUAAGCAUAUAUCUCCUGAGGAUUCUUACAGACUAGGUUUCAAUGAAGAAUUUGCUCGUCCUGAGUGGAUGAUUUUAACUGUUUUACCAGUCCCACCACCACCUGUUCGUCCUUCAAUUUCCUUCAACGAAUCCCAAAGAGGUGAGGAUGAUUUAACAUUCAAAUUGGCAGAUAUCUUGAAGGCAAAUAUAAGUUUGGAAACACUAGAACAUAACGGUGCUCCUCAUCACGCUGUGGAAGAAGCAGAAAGCUUGUUGCAAUUCCAUGUUGCUACUUAUAUGGAUAAUGAUAUUGCAGGUCAACCCCAAGCUCUACAGAAAUCUGGUCGUCCUGUGAAAUCAAUUAGAGCCCGUUUAAAGGGUAAAGAAGGUCGUAUCAGAGGUAACCUGAUGGGUAAGCGUGUUGACUUUUCAGCUAGAACUGUUAUCUCUGGUGACCCCAACCUAGAAUUAGAUCAAGUUGGUGUUCCAAAAUCCAUUGCUAGAACUUUAACAUACCCAGAAGUAGUAACACCCUACAAUAUUGAUCGCCUGAGUCAACUGGUACGUAAUGGUCCUAACGAACAUCCAGGUGCCAAGUAUGUGAUCCGUGAUAAUGGUGAUCGUAUUGACUUGAGAUACAGUAAGAGAUCUGGUGAUGUACAACUUCAGUAUGGUUGGAAGGUUGAACGUCAUAUAAUGGAUGAUGAUCCUGUGUUAUUCAACCGUCAACCAUCUUUGCAUAAAAUGUCAAUGAUGGCACACAGAGUGAAAGUUGUUCCUUAUUCCACAUUUAGAUUAAACCUUUCCGUUACAUCUCCAUAUAACGCCGAUUUUGAUGGUGACGAAAUGAAUUUGCAUGUACCGCAAUCAGAAGAAACCAGAGCAGAACUAUCUCAAUUGUGUGCUGUUCCUUUACAAAUUGUCUCUCCACAAUCGAAUAAGCCUUGUAUGGGUAUUGUGCAAGAUACUCUGUGUGGUAUCAGAAAACUAACCUUGAGAGAUACUUUCUUGGAGUUUGACCAAGUGUUAAAUAUGUUAUACUGGGUUCCAGAUUGGGAUGGUGUGAUUCCAACGCCUGCUAUUAUAAAACCUAAGCCACUAUGGUCUGGUAAACAAAUUCUUUCAGUUGCAAUUCCAAAGGGUAUUCAUUUACAGAGAUUCGAUGAAGGCACAACUCUUCUUUCUCCAAAAGAUAACGGUAUGCUAGUCAUUGAUGGUGAGAUUAUCUUUGGUGUCGUAGACAAAAAGACCGUGGGUUCUUCCAGUGGUGGUUUGAUCCACGUUGUUACUAGAGAAAAAGGUCCAACGAUUUGCGCCAGACUAUUUGGUAAUAUUCAAAAGGUUGUCAACUUUUGGCUAUUGCACAACGGUUUCUCAACUGGUAUUGGUGAUACUGUUGCAGAUGGUCAAACUAUGAGAGAAAUUAGUGAAACAAUUGCAGAAGCAAAGCAGAAAGUCGAAGCUGUUACCAAGGAAGCCCAAGCGAACUUAUUAACAGCCAAGCAUGGUAUGACUCUUCGUGAAUCUUUUGAAGAUAAUGUUGUUCGUUUCUUAAACGAAGCUAGAGAUAGAGCCGGUCGUUUGGCAGAAAUGAACUUGAAGGAUUUGAAUAAUGUCAAACAAAUGGUUAGUGCAGGUUCUAAGGGUUCUUUCAUUAAUAUCGCUCAAAUGUCAGCGUGUGUAGGUCAACAGUCUGUCGAAGGUAAACGUAUUGGCUUCGGUUUUGUUGAUCGUACUCUUCCUCACUUUUCUAAAGAUGAUUACUCUCCUGAAUCAAAGGGUUUUGUUGAGAACUCAUAUUUAAGAGGUCUAACUCCACAAGAGUUUUUCUUCCACGCUAUGGGUGGUCGUGAAGGUUUAAUUGAUACAGCUGUUAAAACUGCAGAAACAGGUUAUAUUCAACGUCGUUUAGUGAAAGCCUUAGAAGAUAUCAUGGUUCACUAUGAUGGUACAACUAGAAACUCUCUUGGUAACGUUAUUCAAUUCAUUUAUGGUGAAGAUGGUAUGGAUGCAGGUCAUAUCGAAAAACAAUCAUUAGAUACUAUGGGUGGAUCAGAUCAAGCCUUUGAGAGAAGAUAUAGAAUUGAUUUGCUAAAUACAUCUAAUUCUUUGGAGCCAUCUCUUCUAGAGUCUGGUUCUGAAAUAAUUGGAGACUUAAAGGUGCAGAUGGCUUUGGAUGAGGAAUACAAACAACUAGUAAAAGACCGUCGUUUCUUGAGAACUAUUUUCAGUGAUGGUGAAUCCAGCUGGCCUCUACCUGUCAAUAUUAGACGUAUUAUCCAAAAUGCUCAACAAACAUUCAGGAUUGAUCAUACCAAACCAUCAGACUUGACAAUUCCAGAAAUCAUUAACUCAGUAAGGGAUCUACAAGAUAGACUUUUGGUUUUGAGAAGUAAGAGUGAGAUUAUUAAGAAAGCUCAAGAUGAUGCAGUCACUCUGUUCUGUUGUUUACUACGUUCACGUUUAGCAACACGUAGAGUUUUACAAGAGUACAGACUAACUAAAGAAGCAUUUGAAUGGGUUCUUAACAACGUAGAAGCUCAAUUCUUGAGAUCCAUUGUCCACCCAGGUGAAAUGGUUGGUGUUCUAGCUGCUCAAUCUAUUGGUGAACCAGCUACUCAAAUGACAUUGAACACUUUCCAUUUUGCAGGUGUUGCAUCUAAAAAGGUUACAUCGGGUGUUCCUCGUCUGAAGGAAAUUUUAAAUGUUGCAAAAAACAUGAAGACACCAUCUUUAACUGUUUAUUUAGAACCAGAAUACUCUGCUGACCAAGAAAAAGCAAAACUAGUGAGAUCAGCAAUUGAGCAUACAACAUUGAAGAGUGUUACAGUAGCCUCAGAAAUUUAUUAUGAUCCUGAUCCUAGAUCAACUGUGAUACCAGAGGAUGACGAAAUUAUUCAGCUGCAUUUCUCGUUAUUAGAUGAUGAAACAGAAAAAUUGCUAGACCAACAAUCACCAUGGUUACUGAGAUUGGAAUUAGAUCGUGCUGCGAUGAAUGAUAAAGAUCUAACUAUGGGUCAAGUUGGUGAGAGAAUUAAAGAUACAUUUAAGAAUGACUUGUUCGUUAUUUGGUCAGAAGAUAAUGCAGAAAAAUUGAUCAUUCGUUGUCGUGUUGUUCGUCCUAAGGCUCUCGAUGCUGAAACUGAAGCUGAAGAAGAUCAUAUGCUGAAGAAGAUCGAGAACACUAUGCUUGAAAAUAUCACCUUGCGUGGUAUUGAAGGUAUUGAGCGUGUCGUUAUGAUGAAAUAUGAUCGUAAAGUCCCUAACGAAACUGGUGAAUAUCAAAAGGUUCCUGAGUGGGUUCUCGAAACAGAUGGUGUUAACUUAUCUGAGGUUAUGACUGUCCCAGGUGUUGACCCAACUAGAAUUUACACUAACUCCUUUAUUGAUAUCAUGGAAGUUUUGGGUAUUGAAGCUGGCCGUGCUGCACUAUACAAAGAAGUCUACAAUGUUAUUGCUUCUGAUGGUUCCUACGUUAACUACCGUCAUAUGGCUCUACUAGUCGAUGUUAUGACUACUCAAGGUGGCUUAACAUCUGUUACUCGUCAUGGUUUCAAUAGAUCAUCAACCGGUGCAUUGAUGAGAUGCUCCUUUGAAGAAACUGUUGAAAUAUUGUUUGAAGCUGGUGCGUCUGCAGAAUUAGAUGAUUGCCGUGGUGUGUCUGAAAAUGUUAUCUUAGGUCAAAUGGCACCUAUUGGUACAGGUGCAUUUGAUGUUAUGAUUGAUGAAGAAUCAUUAGUCAAAUACAUGCCAGAACAAAAGAUUACAGAAUUGGAAGAUGGCCAGGAUGGUGGUGCUACACCUUACAGCAAUGAGGCUGGUCUAGUGAAUACUGAUAUCGAUGUAAAGGACGAGCUAAUGUUCUCACCAUUAGUCGAUGCCGGUUCAUCAGACGCUAUGUCAGGUGGUUUUACGGCAUAUGGUGGAGCAGAAUACGGUGGAGCUACCUCUCCUUUCGGCGCCUAUGGUGACGCUCCUGCAUCUCCAGGGUUUGGUGGUGUAUCAUCGCCAGGAUUCUCUCCAACAUCACCAGCAUACUCACCAACCUCUCCAUCUUACUCACCUACAUCACCAAGUUAUAGCCCAACAUCCCCAUCAUAUUCACCAACUUCUCCAAGUUACAGCCCAACAUCGCCAUCGUACUCUCCAACCUCUCCAUCAUAUUCUCCAACCUCUCCAUCUUACUCUCCAACUUCUCCAAGUUACAGCCCAACAUCGCCAUCGUACUCUCCAACCUCUCCAAGCUAUAGUCCAACAUCGCCAUCAUACUCGCCAACAUCACCAAGUUACAGUCCAACAUCGCCAUCAUACUCUCCAACAUCGCCAAGUUACAGCCCAACAUCCCCAUCAUAUUCACCAACUUCUCCAAGUUACAGCCCAACAUCGCCAUCGUACUCUCCAACCUCUCCAUCAUAUUCUCCAACCUCUCCAUCGUACUCUCCAACUUCUCCAUCAUACUCACCAACAUCCCCAAGCUAUAGCCCAGGCUCGCCAACAUAUUCACCAAAGGACGAGGACGAGAAAAAAGAUAACUAA